AUGAUACAGGAUAAGCUUUUUAAACUUUUUAGUUAAUUAACUAGUUGUUUUUAGGAUUCGCUAUUGAUGAUAAUAUACGUCUGUAUACAUUAUCUAUGAAUAAUUGUUUUGUUUUUUAUUCAUUAAAAAUAUUUAAUAAAAAAAACAUUUAUGUUUCAUUAAAACUUAUCCAAUACAUAGAUAUGAGGUGGCUUUAAUGAUGAAUGAAAAACGAUUAACAAAUAGUUUUAAAAGUUACAUUGGUUUGGAUGAUGAUGAACAGGUUUCAAGUUGUGAUACAUCGUUAAUUGAUCAAGAACUUUCACUAAAACUUCUUCCAGGGGAAACAAUAGUUGCUGAAGCUCAAAAGGUAUUAUUGUUUACUCCAGUAAAUGAACAAAAAACUGGACUGUCAGGGGUUUUGUUUGUAACAAAUUUCAGGCUUUCAUUUGUUACUUCUCAUGAAAAACAUUUAGAAGAAACAUUAUAUCAAGAAAAUUUACUUUUAGGUCAAUAUGAUGUAUGUCAUUCUAAUAUAGAUAUUAUUUAUUUAUUAACGGGAGAUAAAAAGAAAAGACUUAUGACAGGUCAUCAUUUUAAUGAUAAAGUCAAAGGAUUGCAUAUUUUAUGUCAAAAUAUGAGAACUCUAUCAUAUAGCUUUAAAUUUUCAUUACUUGGCCAUGGAAAAACAUUAGCAAAUGCUUUAUUACAUCAUGCGUUUCCAAAAAGACAUCAGCUUUUAUUUGCUUAUGACUACAGAGAGCCAAAUAUUCAGAGUAGGUAUUCUACGCCAACAUUUAGAUGUCGAGAUGAUUGGGAAAAAGAACUUAGACGUACAAAAUGUUUUGGUUGGACUUUAAAUUCUUCUAAUAAUAAUUUUCAAUUAUCUUCCAGUUUACCACAGUUCAUUGUUAUCGGAUCUGCAGUUAUUGAUAACCAUUUGCGAACAGCAAUGGAACAUUUUCGUGAUGGUCGUUUACCAACUUGGUGUUGGAGCACUGUCAAUGGGGCAACAUUAUCUCGAAAAGCAGAUGUUAUUGAUUCAUCAAAUUUAACCCAAGAAAAUGCUAUGUUAGAAAUAGUAAGGAAAUCACAUCCUGAUCUUCAAAGGCCUUUUAUAAUGGAUUUAACCAAGAAUUUGCCAUCACCAAAAGAAGUCAAUCACAGCUUCAUUAAAUUACGAGAACUAUGUGCUCCUGAAAGUGCUAGACAGUUUUGGGUCCAAGAUAAUCAUUUUUAUUCACUUUUGGAAACAAGUAAAUGGUUACAAUAUGUUUCAAGUUGUCUAAGUUCUGCAUUAGAAACUGUUAAUAAACUUAAUAGUAAUGAGUCAGUUGUAUUACAAGAACGAGAUGGACGUGAUUUAUGUUGUGUGAUUUCUAGUUUAGCACAACUUAUGAUUGAUUCUUAUUUUCGGUCUAUUGUAGGAUUACAAACAUUGAUCCAAAAAGAAUGGGUUGUGAUGGGCCAUCCAUUUUGUACAAGACUUGGUCAUGUCAAUGCUAUUGAUUCUGUUAAGUCACCACUAUUGUUAUUGUUUUUGGAUUGUGUAUGGCAAUUGCUUCAACAAUUUCCUACAGAAUUUGAAUUCACAGAGACAUAUUUGACUACUCUUUGGGAUGCAUCACAUAUUUCUAUAUUUGAUACGUUUUUAUUUGAUUGUGAACAGGAUCGUCAUUAUGCUACAAAUAAUGAGUCAAGUCCAUUAAUCCUACGAUCAAUAUGGGACUGGGAAGAACAGUUCUUAGAUCGUGAUUUAAUUCAAUUUCAUAAUCCACUUUACAAUGCUUCAAAGGCUAAAAAUGAAUUUUUAAAAGUAGCUUCAGAAAUUUCAUCUCUAAAUAUUUGGACACAAUGUUACUAUAGAUUUCUACCUACUUUAGAAAUUUCAAACGGAGGAAAACCAUUAGAAGAUUUUGCAGUCAGAACAUUAAUACAUGCAAGUGAUAAACAUUCUAAACAUACUCAUGAAGUAAGUGCACCAUCUAACAUUGGAUCAUUUUUUCCAUUUACACAUUGGAGAUCUAGUACUUCAGUUCCUCCUUCAACUUUAACAAUAAGCUCUUUAUCGUUAAAUACUAGUGAUUUCCAAAUGGAUACAUCAUUAGUUGAAAUACCUGAACAUCUAUAAGAGUAUAACAAUUUUCCUUUUUUUUAAUAUAUUUGUUUUAUUUGUUUAUGGCAGAUUCACCUUGUAUACUCAUGUAAGACUAAUUUUAACAAAAUAGAUAUUCAUAUAAAUUUCAAAUUCCUAAAUAUUUUGAAAAUCUAAU